AUGGAGCUCCGCGCAGAUCUAUGUCUAAAUGCACCCAAGUCCCCACCCAUCUUGAUGAAUAAUAUUAUGAAAGAAUCGUCAGCAAAUGGUUUGUUGAAGUUGUUCACCAUGCUCGACACGGACGGAAAUGAUUGUAUCAGCCGGAUCGAGCUGAAACGAGAACUGACCCGGUUCGGAUUCUCAGAAAAACAAAUCAAGGAUUUCUCGAAAAAGUUGGACCUGAAUGGGGACGAGGAAAUCACCUUGGAUGAGUAUAGAAUCGCUUUGGGAAUCCCGUUUGACGUGACUUCACGAAUGCAACCAGUUACAGCACGAUCAAAGGAAUAUGCCAAACUGAUGAAUUUGUUCGCGAAAGCGGAUGUCAAUAAGAACGGAGUACUGACCAAAGAAGAACUGUUUCGUGUUCUUCAACACUCGCAUUAUAGCCCCGCGGAAUUACAGGUGAAAUGUCUAGACCUGAACGAAGAUGGUGUGGUUACGUUGGGCGAAUACAAAGUUGCGCUGGGCAUCGCAUACGAGACACUUGAACAAUGGGAAAAACUGUUCACCGAACUGGACCGGGACAAUUCGGGUGAUUUGAAUGUGGACGAAUUGAAACUGAUGUUCCAACAAGCCGGAAUGCCUGUUGCACGCGAGGCAAUCGAGGAAUGGUUGGCGGAUUACGACCGAAAUGGAGAUAAAAAAUUGAAUCGUGCCGAAUUCAUGACCUUUGUAGCCAGCCAAGCAGAAAAACCACUCCCCUGA